UGGCUCAAAGGUGGCGGCCCCAAGGAUCUGAAGGAGUUUUCUCACAGAGCUGGGUCGUGCCACACCUCCUGGGCCCAUGUCUGCCACAGUGUACGCCGCCCCCCCCGUCAUGUCCUACGCGACUCAGCCGGCGGUGUAUGCAGCAGCGCCCGCGGCGUACGCCGCAAUCCCCUCGGCGUACGCAGCACCCUCGACCAUGAUGUACCAUCAUCCGCCCCCGGUGACGUACGCGGCACCCGCGUCGAUCUACGGGCAGCAGGAGGCGGUGACGUACGCGGCGCCUGCGCCGACCCACUACGUGCAGCAGGAGGCGGUGACGCACGCGGCGCCCGCGCCGACAUACCUGCAGCCGGCGGUCGCCUACGCCGCUCACGCGACCGCGCCCACCCAGUACAGCUACACGCCCGCGCCGCAGGUGUACGCCGACGCCGGCUACGCGGCCUACCAGCAGCCCUACGCGCCCCCGGCCGACGCCCAGGGCUACCUGCCGACCGCGGCCUCCAUGGUGGCGGCCCCCAUGUACGGGGCGCUGCAGAGCGCGCCCUCCAUGGUCGCCUACCCCAUGUACGGCGGGGCGGCGCCGCAGAUGCACGCCCCCUUCGGCGCGGGCUUCGCGUUCGACGCCCAGGGCACCGGGCCGGGCCCCCAGGACACGGCCCCCAGCACGGGCGCGGCGGGCCCGGCCGCGGAGAGCCCGGCCGCGGGCACGGCGGCGCCACCGGCGUCUGGCGCCAAGAGGCCCCCGUCCAAGAGGCCCCCGACGAAGAAGCCCAAGACGAAGAGGGGCGCCUGCUGCUGAGGGCCCCCCCGGGUUGGGUGGCGCCAGGGUCUGGUAGGGCGGCGCGCCGCCCUUCCGGACGUGUACCAUAUGACAGUGGAGGCGGCGGCACACAAGUGAGGGAGGGGGAAUUAGAGAGCGACGGGCGACGGGGCAACGCCCUAUUUUGAUUCAAAUUCGUGAGCGGCACGGCUUGCACGUGAGUUCCACGGCAAGCGGACGGCUUUGCAGCUGCGGGCGGAACACUGCUUCUGCCGGUGCCGGCGACGCCGCUGGAUGCAUGCGGCAUCAGCAGGUCUGGGGAAAUUCGUGCACCCUUCCGACGGGCUUCGUGGAAUGGCGCCGCGGGCGUGGUGGAGCCGAUUCGGGCCCAGGGACCUCCACGACUCUAAACAGGUCUGCAAAUCAUGCAUACGGAUGGGGUCGGUAAGUGUGUCCGUGACCUUUCCACGACGUCGAUUGUCUGGC